CUCUGAGGUUCAGGCAUGGCAGCUCCGGGAGCAUUUCUGCUCGGCGUUUGCGCCCUUAUGCUGGCGAUCGCCGUGGCCAAUGCAGAGGCGGCGUCCGUCGUCGUCGGCCUGGCCAAGUGCGCCGACUGCACCAGGAAGAACAUGAAGGCCGAGGAAGCUUUCAAAGGUCUUAAGGUGGCGAUCAAGUGCAAGAACGUCCACGGCGACUACGAGAGCAAGGCGGUGGGCGGCCUCGACAGCACCGGCGCAUUCAGCGUCCCCCUCGCGGCUAACCUCCAGGGCGCCGACUGCGUUGCCCAGCUUCACAGCGCCGCCUCCAACACGCCGUGUACCGGGCAGGAGCCGUCCAAGGUCGUCCCCGUCUCCGGAGGAACCACCUACGGGGUCGUCGCUGGCGCCAAGACUGCCACCGCAUCACCAGAGUGCGCGUCAGUGACUAUGUGCGGGCCGAUGAAGAAGCAUAUUCUCGAGCAUUUUCAUCACAAGAAGCCCGUGCCACCAAAGCCGGAGCCCAAGCCCCAACCUCACCCAGACUACCACCCAAAACCCGUGCCACCCAAGCCGGAGCCCAAGCCACAACCUCACCCAGACUACCACCCUGUACCUCCCACUCCCACGUACGGUGGUGGAGGUGGACACCCUUCCACUCCGAUCUACCAUGCGGAGCCGUCGAUGACUGUUGUGGGACCGAUCAAGAAGCACAUCCUCGACCACUUUCACCACAAGAAGCCUGUGCCACCUAAGCCGGAGCCAAAGCCUCAGCCCCACCCGGACUACCACCCAGUCCCUCCCACUCCUACCUACGGCGGAGGACACCCUUCGUCUUCAACUCCGAUCUACCACGCUCCCGCCCAACACUGAAAUCGAUGUGAUUUGUUCAUGGUAAGAUCAGUGAGUGACUGGUCGACGUUGUUGCUGUUUAUGGUCGAUCAGCUUGCACGCAUGGGUUGUGCCAUUGGCUUCCCUGUUAGUAUCCGAGAAUUCAGAAUAACAAUUUGUGAGUGAAGGUACUAAGGGAUUAGUGUGUGGGUGUUGUGUAUGUCCCCGGCAAGUGGCCAAAUGUUUUUUUAGG